GUACGCUUCUCCCCAGACUUCCCGCUCCUGCCCCUUCUCUACCUUCCUCUUCUCGACGAAGCCACAUCCAGAUCCAGGGAUGGCCCAGCCAGCAACGACGUUCGAAUCCAACCCCAAGCCUGCACGCACCUUCGCAGAGCAGGACAAGCUGCCCAAGCUCCCGAUACCGCCCCUCGAAGACACGUGCCGCCGAUACCUUACCGCGCUCCGCGGGCUGCAGGACGACCAGGAGCACGAGAACACGCGGCGCGCUGUCGAGGCGUUCCUCGCCGAGGGCGGGGACGGUCAAAGGCUGCAGGAGAAGCUGCAGAAGUGGGCGGAGGACAAGGCCAGUUACAUCGAGGACUUCUGGUACGAAUCAUACCUGUCGCACAGCGACCCUGUCGUGCUCGCCCUCAACCCCUUCUUCGUCCUCGAAAACGACCCAACCCCAGAUCGUGGCUCGCAGCUCGGUCGGGCCGCCUCGUUGAUCUUGUCGUCUCUGGGAUUCGUGCACGACCUCCGCGCAGGCAUCCUCGACCCAGAUACCGUUCGCGGAACGCCUCUGGACAUGGACCAGUAUACCCGUUUGUUCGGAACGGCGCGGAUACCCACUGAACGGGGGUGCAAGAUGAUUACCAACGACAACGCACGGCACAUCGUUGUCAUGCGUCACGGCCAGAUGUAUUGGUUCGACGUCAUGGACACCGAGAACCGGCCCCUCCUCACAGAGCGCGAAGUCCUGCGCAACCUGCAAGCCAUCGUCAAGGAUGCUGACAAGACACCCACCAAGGAGGUCGCACGCAACGCCAUCGGCGUGCUGUCGACCGAGAACCGAAAGACGUGGUCCCGCCUCCGGUCUAAUCUGUCGAAAGACCGUACGAACGCGUCCUGUCUGCAGCUGAUUGAUGACGCGCUAUUCAUUGUCUGCUUGGAUGACGCAACCCCGAAGGAUCUUGCGGAUCUAUGCGCCAACUUCUUGUGCGGGACGUAUGAUCUGCAGGACGGGGUGCAGGUUGGGACGUGCACGAAUCGAUGGUAUGAUAAGCUUCAAAUCAUUGUAUGUGGUGAUGGUGCUGCCGGGAUCAACUUUGAGCACUCAGGCGUAGACGGGCACACUGUACUAAGAUUCGCAGCAGACGUAUACACCGAAGGCCUUAUGCUCCUCGCGCGGUCUAUCAACCCCUCCGCGCCCACACUCUUCCAUGCGCCGCUCUCGCCGCACUCUAAAUCGUACAAGCCCCCCAAGUCCUCCGGCAAGGCAUCCCACGCGAACUCGCAUUCGCUCUCGCAGAUGCAGGCCAUGUACGACACAGCACCCAAAAAGCUCGAGUGGGCGCUGACACCCGAAGUGCGCGUCGGGAUCCGGUUCGCCGAGACGCGCCUGAGCGACCUGAUCUGCCAGAACGACUGCCAGGCACUCGAGUUCAAGGGGUACGGGAAGAACUUCAUCACGAGCCACGGGUUCAGCCCGGACGCGUUUGUGCAAAUGGCGUUCCAGGCGGCAUAUUUUGGGCUGUAUGGCCGGACGGAGUGCACGUACGAGCCUGCGAUGACGAAGGCGUUUCUACAUGGGCGAACGGAGGCGAUUCGGACGGUGCAGCCGGAGAGUGUUGACUUUACGAAGACGUUCUUUUCAGAGGCAUCGGCGGCACAGAAGGUGUCUGCUCUGCACAAGGCAUGCGAGCGCCAUGUGAAGCUGACGAAGGAGUGCAGUCAAGGUCUCGGGCAAGACAGACACUUGUACGCACUGCAAUGCAUUCACCAGCGCGAUGUAGCGGGCAACCUGCAUCCUUCUCCUGACGACCCCGUCAACGGCUUCUCCAACCAUCCCGUCCCGUCCAUCUUUGCUGAUCCGGGCUGGAGCCUGCUGAGCACGUCGAUCCUGUCGACCUCGAAUUGUGGCAACCCCGCGCUCAGGCUCUUCGGCUUCGGACCCGUCGCGGCCGACGGGUACGGUAUCGGAUACAUUAUCAAGGAGAACGGCAUCUCAAUUGUCGCUUCGUCAAAGCAUCUACAGACGCGGCGGUUCCUGGAUACGCUUCAGAGCUAUCUGCACGAUGUGCAGCGCGUUCUCGUCCAGUUGCACCGGUCCGCCAACGAGCGGCCGGCGCCGUUCGUAGACCACGCGGGCAUCCUGCGGGACUCAAAGACAGGCAGGCCUAUCAGCGGGCAGAACUACGUGUCAGAUGGGGAGGAGGACUACGAGGACACGAUGCCCGGGUAUUCGUUCUUCGAUAGUGGCGACAUUGAGCUUCUCGGUGGCCGGAAGAAGAGUCCGUAUGCGAACGUUGGUAAAACAUUACCGAUGUCUGACUGGUAAAGGUUACUUGGGUAGCGGGGAGCUGUGCGCUGAUGUACUACCAAAUUGUGACAUAACCUGUAUUCUGUUGUGAUAUCAUUAUUGUAUACGUUGUAGAUUGAAUCUGACAUCAU